UGCUUCGUAAUUCUCACUGUGCUGUUUCCUCCUCCCGAUCAAAUAGACCCAGUGCCGCCCAAUGCCACGGUGGUCUUUGAGGUGGAGGUGUACUCUGUAUCCAGGGGGCCCCGCAGCAUGGAGGCCUUCAAAAUGAUGGACCUGGAUGAAGACAGAAGUCUCACAAAGGAAGAGGUAAAGCAAUACUUGCAGCUGGAGUAUGAAAAGGGUGGGAAGCCACGCAACGUCGCUUUCUAUGAGAAGAUUAUGGCGGAUAUUUUCCGCAAGAGUGAUCAGGACAGCGACGGCCACAUCAGUGCCAAGGAGUAUAACAUUUAUGGACAUGAUGAGCUCUAGAGAUCCUGCGGAUUUAGGUUAUGCAAUUAGAGAGAAAACAUGAAUGGUUCGGGAAUAAAAGCCAUGGUCACAUAUUCUUACAAUGAUGCAACGGUAUCAAGGGACAUUCUAGGUAAAAAAAAGAUGGAAAUAUUCCUUUAGGAAACCUCUGAUUAUCCAAGAGUUUAUUUUUCCUUUAAUUUGAUAAUCUCUCUGUUUUUUUCACAUAUUUCACCCUUUUACAUUGUUUUCUGUUAAAUGCAGAUGUUCUUUUUACUAUGAGAAUAUUGUAGUGGUGCAUAUUACAAUGACACAAAAUAUUGACAAUAUUAGCCAACACUUCAAACCGCUAAAUGGUAUUUAAAUGUUGUUUUGGGGUGGCAUUUUUCCUUCAAAAAGAAAACAGGAAAUAAUCAUGUUGAGGUAUUUGGAGUUCCCUAUAUGUACUUUCCAUAUAACGUAUUUCCAAGCCAAAUAGUAGCCACUCAAUUUUUUAUACAAAGUAUUCAAUUAUGCAAGAAACUGUCCAACACCUGGAAAUGUGUUGAUGAAAAACCACUACAUUUUAUGAUUUUAUGUGUUUUAUUUCUGUCUUUAAGUUGUGUCUUUUGGUGAUUCAAUUUGCAGAAGAAAAGCCCACAGUAUUGCACAAAGUUGUGGCUUUGAAACUGUAACAUGACUGUCAUAUGACAUGUUGGUUUACCCGCCACAAGAGAAAGAUUCUAACUUGUCUUCCUGUGAAAUUCCUGCCCUCCAAUCUGCAACAUCACACCAGCGCGCGAUAUACAAUAUAGAAGCCCUUAGAAGCAAAUGACAAAAACACUUUCUAAGCCUGAUCUAAAUAGUUUUUCUUUCCUGAUUUAUGAAAUAAGAACAUGUGGGAAAAAAGGAUUUGCAAAGACAACGUUUUCCAAAGUAAUUAUGAAUGCCCUCGUUCCUAUUAAGAACCGACAUGCUGUACCGUAUUUUAGCCUCUUGUGGCCGGAAUUAAUAUUAAAACAACAAACAUUGCAAAAAUAAAAUCACCUACCAACAUGUUUGCUUUUCACCUAUUCACCGAUUUAAAAAACAAAGAAAUAUGAACCUGACAAAACAUUUGACCUACUUGAUCCAAACGGGAAAAAGGGAGCUGUUCUUAAGUCAUUAGCAGGAGAGACUUCCAUUUCACAUUGCAUCAGCUGUGAUUGAGAAGUUUGAAUACAGUUUGUGAUAAAAAUGCACACAGAUGAAUGUUGCGGUGUGUCAGACACAUUUACAAGUUUGUUUACAUCUUUAAUGUGGUCCAAAAUAAUGAUAUUGUUGUAUCCAGAUGAACAGUUUUUGUAUUUUGUAACACAAUAAAGAAACCACAGUGAAUGUGGAAAACAACAGUA